AUGAUUUACGAGGGGACCACAAAUUCAUCCUACGGGGAAAUCUCAAAAACCAUUUUCAUCGUGAACCGUGCCUUUGAACAUCAGUUUGAGCCGUGUUUCAUCUUCUUUGUUGAAUAAAACCUGCGAUUAUCAGCAAAACUUCUAUCAUACAGUACCUACUUUCCGUACAGUAAUCUGAGUACAACUCGUCCGAUAGGGAAACAAUGUCGCUUGCUUGGGCACGGUCGGUUAUACAUUCCCCUUCUUUGGCACAAACAUAAAUCAAGAAACACUGGCAAACAUCCACCCAAGUAUGUGCAUACCCGCAUAUCCAUCUAUGCGAUAAAAUCGGACCCUAGAGAGGAGAAGCCAGUUAGAUCCAUUCACAUGGCUCUAUCCUUACUGCUACCCGGGAAUGCAUUUACUCAAAACACAUACUUCCAAAAGUAUGAUGCCCUCAGAGACAGAGGUUCGCUUGGUUAUGGACAAAGACUAGACGAAUAUGCAACAAAAUUCGAACUUGAAGCGCUCAGUGCUUAGGGCUCGUACUCGUAAACGAAUGUUUUACCGAAUUUUACCCGAAAAAUAUGUAUACAAAACAAUGCGACAAUCAACAAAAUGAUCGGUCACGGACGUCNAACGGCCCCGUUCUGUAUUGUAAGAGUUAGAAUUGUUGUAAGAGUGAGAAUGUUAGUUCGAGGGUCAUUCUUUUAUUUGUUUCUUCUUAUUGUUCGAGGGUCAUUCUUUUAUUUGUUUCUUCUUAUUGCUCGAGGGUCAUUCUUUGAUUUUGCUCCUUCUUACUGUACUUCUUACCACAUCCGACAUGCGGACGGCGGUCAUGUUUACUAUUGCAUUCUUUCCCACCGGCCGCGCCCUGGUCUGUUAUCUCCGCGAUUUCCUUCCGAAUGCCAUUCGCCUCUAAGGCUUACACUGCUUAUAUCUGAUAAUUUUGUCUGCCCUGCUCGCCCGUCUCACAACAUUCCAUCUCACGUUCCCUUCUCAGCUUAUGUUGAGCUUCAUCAGCGCAAACUAUGCAGGCGUAUAAUACGGUAA